CGGCAUCACUACCGUCAUCCACGACCCCUCGCCGACCGCAAACCUGUAUCACUAGUCGCACUCUUUUGGUCGCCUUCCCUCUGCUCAUCGUCUGAUGCUCUUCUCAGCUCUCAUCUCGCUGCUCGCUGUCGCAGCGCCGGCACUCGCACAGGAUAGCUUCGUUGGAACCUGGAGCUCAGGAAGUGGAGCUGUUGUAACGGGUUCAGGCUUUGCAAACCCCGGAAACUUAUCAUUCACAUACCCCAAGAACACAGGCAUAUCAUAUUCAUUCACCUCAGACGGAUUUUACGAGAUUGCGCGCUACCGGUUCUCUAGCAAUGCCUCGCAACCUAAUUGCAUAACCGGCGUCAUGAAUUGGGUGCACGGAACGUACGAAACCCAACCGAACGGCUCCGUCGUCCUCACGCCCUUCGGCGAUGGCUACCAGCAGAUCCAGAAUCCCUGCGGCGCCGUAUCCAACUUCAUCGAGAACUACAACGACACUGAGCUCCUAUCCGCGUGGGCGGUGUACGCGGAGACGACGGGCCAGCGGCUCUACCUUUACUCGUACGACGGCAGCCCGCUGGCACCGCAAAACCUCGUCUCGACGACGCCGAACAUGCUGCCCACGCAGCGGCUGCGCAACGUCACUGGGCAGGUCGCAUCUAGUUCAGGCUCGUCGAAUGGCCUGAACACCCAGAACGCGCUUGCGGUGAGCGGCAGCGAGCGGAGAUGGAGUGUGGAGAGCGCAGGGCUCGUAGGGACCGUGCUGGCUGGCGCCGGUGUGGCAUCGCUGUUCCUAUGAUGAUGGGGAGAGCAGGAUCGUUUUAUGUGUAUGACAUUUCCCGGCCUUGGGACCGUUCGGACUAGAGCACAUUGUCAUCCAACCGCGCCCCCGUCAUCACCCGUAGCGAAUAUCGUUUGCAUCUGUCUAUACUUUUUGACGCAUACCCCGUCGGGUGCGCAAACCACGCUCGUUUGACACGUUCGAUUGACGUUUGCAUCCCCACAAUGUUUGAAUAGCAGCAGUUACAGUAAAGCCCCGAGUACUAGAGAACACAAGGGACUGUUAUGUUUAUUCUCUUUUUCUGUUAUUCAUUUCAUU